AUGACAACCAUAGUAGUUCCAUUUCCAACUUGAAUAUUUCCUGUCUCCAUUCGUUAUAAUAUGUCUACUAAUGAAGAGUUAUUAGCAGUCAAUAAUGAACAAAUAGGCACAAAAGAACGCCGAUCAAGUUCUUUCACUGAUCGUUUGACCAUCGGACCAAUUGCUGCUGCAACACGUCUUAUGUCUUCCUUUUCAAGACAAUCUCAGUCUACAGCCUCAUCCGAUUUAAAUGAAACGAAUAAUAAAUCUUCCACAUCAUCAUCAUUUUUCAGUCCUUUUACCAAACGCUUAUUACCAACACGUAACCGUUCAACGUCGCCAAAAUCUGCUCCAACCCUAUCAACUUCAAGUCCAUUUCUAGCAAAUACUUCUCACGUUAUGCGUAGUUCAGCAACGACUCCAUCUGGAUUAAAUUAUAAUCUGAAAUCUCCGACAACAUGCGCUCCUAAUAUAGACUCGGCACCGGAAACAGUCGAUUUAGAUUUUAAUUUCGAAUUAACCUACAAUCAACUACGCGAAUUAGCAGAAAUUAAUUGUAAUUAUUUUGCUCAACAAAAAACCGAUGUCUGCCGACGAUUUGAACGUCUUCUAAUUCAAAUUUUACAUUCAGUUGAACUAUCCGUACCAUUAAUACAAUACUUACGAGACAAUUUUCAUCAUUUCGACUAUAGUACCGAAAUUCGAGCCAACGGUUAUCGAACCUUAGCUGUUGCACAUGGUCAAGCAUGUUUACGUGCACUAGAUAUUCUCCGACAAGUUGAUACGAAACGUGUUGGCCUUUUGUUUAAUCUGAUGUACUCAUCACGGUUAUUUCAAGAUUUGGAGUCCUGGACGAAAGUUCUCAUUGGCAUGCAACAUCUUCUUUCGUUUUCGGCAAAAAUGGUUGAUUAUUCCUGCAAGAAAGUUCUAUGUAUCGACGCGAAUGAAGUACCACUAGAUGUCGAAUUGGAAUAUUUUAAAAUUGUUGCUUUUGAUUCUGAAUAUUUUUUUGGUAGAACAUGUGGAUUUCAGUUUGCACAAUCAAUGCAAACAAUGCUUACUUUUCUGCUCGCUGGUUUAGCUACUUAUCAUGAAACAUACAAUCGAUCAAUUCCUUUUGCAGCUGCUCGUCUUGCCACUGCACCAAAGUAUAUACUAUUUCCUGAACAACGAGCGAAAAAGUGCGCCGCAAUAUUUCGGGACUGUGAUUACUUAUUCUGUAAAUCGUUUUGGAACCUUGUUGAUCAUGAUUAUAUUAAAAUGGGUUCACGCUAUAUUGCACCUAGUGUGACUGUUUCGAAGUAUUUUCAAAUUGGACCAGNCCUGAUUGAACAAAUGGUAAUAACGAAUUCAAUGGUAUGGCAUGUUUCAAUGAAAAUUCGUAACCAGCCGGGUCAAUAA